CUGGGUGCGUCAUCACUGAGGGCCUAGACGCAUGACGUUUUAAGGCCGCGACCGACUACCCGAGUGCUUUGAAUGAGCUCAACGUCAAGUCACUUUUUAGUAACGUUAGUGAUAACCUGUUUCCCGUCUAGUUUGGUGCCGAAGCUUUGGGCACGCCCAUGAAUGGCACCAUGGCCGCGUCCUCACAUCGAAUAAUGCUGGGGCCGCUGGUUGCAGCCAUUGAUCAGGGCACGAGCUCCACCCGGUUUUUGGUGUUUAAUUCAAAAACAGCAGAGCUCCUCAGCCAUCACAUGGUGGAAAUCAAACAGAGCUUCCCCAAAGAAGGAUGGGUGGAGGAGGACCCCAAAGAAAUUCUGCAGUCGGUGCAUGAGUGCAUGGAGAGGACAUGUGAAAAACUCACCCAGCUCAACAUAGACAUCACAAACAUUAAAGCUAUCGGAGUGACCAACCAAAGAGAGACCACGCUGGUUUGGGACAAAGAGACGGGGGAGCCCCUCUACAAUGCCAUUGUUUGGCUAGACCUGCGCACUCAGUCAACAGUUGAACGUCUAAUUAACAAAACCCCAGGAAGGAAUAAGAACCACUUGAAGCAUAAAACAGGGCUCCCCAUCAGCACGUACUUCAGCGCAGUCAAACUUCGCUGGCUGAUGGACAACGUGGCCGAGGUCCAUGAAGCCAUCGUAUCCCACCGCGCCAUGUUCGGCACCGUCGACUCCUGGCUCAUUUGGUGUUUGACAGGGGGCAAGUCCGGUGGAGUGCACUGCACAGAUGUGACCAAUGCCAGUAGAACCAUGUUGUUUAACAUUCACACUAUGGACUGGGACCCAGAGCUGUGCAAAUAUUUUGGUAUUCCCAUGGAGAUCUUGCCUCGAGUGAGGAGUUCUUCAGAAAUAUAUGGGCUCAUGAAAAUAUGUUCUAGCUGGAAAUGUGGGGCUCUUUCAGGUAUCCCCAUAUCAGGGUGUCUCGGGGACCAGUCAGCAGCACUUGUAGGACAGAUGUGUUUUCAGGACGGGCAAGCUAAAAACACGUAUGGCACUGGCUGCUUUCUCCUGCGAAACACUGGAGCCAAGCCUGUAAUGUCUGACCAUGGUCUUCUGACCACUGUGGCAUAUAAACUUGGUCGAGACAAACCUGCCUGUUAUGCACUGGAGGGCUCUGUGGCCAUCGCAGGAGCUGUGGUCCGUUGGCUGCAGGACAAUCUCGGGAUCAUUGGCUCGUCUGAAGAGCUUGAGAAGUUGGCUGCGUCGGUCUGUACAUCCUAUGGUUGUUAUUUUGUUCCUGCAUUUUCGGGGCUUUAUGCACCUUACUGGGAGCCUAGUGCAAGAGGGAUCAUUUGUGGGUUAACUCAGUUUACUAAUAGGAGUCACCUUGCGUUUGCUGCACUGGAAGCUGUCUGUUUCCAGACACGAGAGAUACUAGAUUCCAUGAAUCAGGACAGUGGUAUCCCGCUAACUCAGCUCCAAGUGGAUGGGGGGAUGACGUCCAACAGGCUGCUGAUGCAGCUGCAGGCUGACAUUCUCUGCAUACCUGUUGUGAAGCCGUCCAUGCCAGAGACCACAGCGCUGGGUGCUGCAAUGGCAGCGGGAGCAGCAGAGGGGGUGAGCGUGUGGAGCCUGAACCCAGAGGACCUGAGUGAGGUCACCUCAGAGAAGUUUGAGCCUCAGAUCAACCCUGAAGAGAGUGAGCUUCGGUACGCUCGAUGGAAGAAGGCAGUUCAGAAAUCCAUGAACUGGGAGACAACAGAGCCAGUUUGUAAUGGAAACGGUGAAACUAGUAUCUUCAGCAGCGUCCCCCUGGGCUUUUACGUCAUGGGCAGCAUGUUAAUGUUAAUUGGUGCAAAAUACAUUGCAGGCCACAACUAGGGCCAGAGGCAUUGGAGCGAAGAGUGGCAGUGGAGACAAAUGGCGUCAUGCUGGACCACCUCCUGUCCUCUUGGUUGCACAGACAUUCCAGAAGACAGAUGUUCCUGUUGAAUCUUCGUGCUCACCAGAAAACCCAGACAAGUUUGAACUGACCUUCAAAUAUUGUUUAAUUCUUGCUUUUUUGUCUGCAACAGACAAGAACGCAUUAGACUUGAAUUUUAGCAGGAAUAUGCAUGCAGUAUAUAUUUUUUGUUCCUUUUUUUUUUUUUUUUUUACAGUGGUGAUAUAGGAACACUGAGCUUGUUUAUCUAGAAAUCGUACUGAUGGUAGUUCAGAUCUGUGUUGCAUUAAUGUUUUAGUCACUUCACUGUUACCCCUGAACAGCCAUCUUGUGACGUUUGUCUGACACUUUCCACUAUGAGCUACGGAAGAAUUUUUUAGAGGACUUUAUAUAUUUUUUGUGUCGUGGUUGCUGUGCACGAACAAGAGCCUGUGUGUAUGUAUUUUCUACCAUUUUGGAAUCGAGACAGAUUAAGGAAGUUUAAGUUAUUUGUGGUGACAAGAUGGUUCUUUGGUAAAGUCUGGAAUGCUUGUAAACAUACUGUACAGUAAAGGGCAGUUUUUGGAUCCCUGUGUUGUAUGAAAACACAGGGGUCAACAGGCACAUAUCUGUGUAUGUUUCUGUGAAUUGGACAGUAAAACAUGUCCCACAGCUAGAAACCAACAAAACGUGUUAUGGCACAAAUGCUGAAGCAGCUGUUAUCAAGUCAUUUACUGUGUAGAAAACGUUUGUUUAUCCCAGGAAGCUGCUUCAUUCCAUCUGCACACAGCUUCAGUUUUUAAGAUGUUUCACUGUUAAAACAUCCUCCUCUGUGUGACUGGGACAGUAACUGACAGCUUCCUCAAAACCUUUAAAUUGCUCCUCUGGUCACAAGUCUUCUGGGUUUUUCCUCAUUUAUCAGGGGAAACUACUCACUUGAGUGAGACAGAACAGGUACUUCAUUUAAGAAAUUAGUCUUUGCACUUUCUAAUCAUGCAUUUUUUUAUUUAAGUGUUCAGUUCAUGGAAGGUAUGAAAUUACUUUCCCUAGUGGAUAUUUAUGAAUAAAUUGAAUCUGCAGGAAUCUUAUUUAAUAAAUAAAAGUAGUGUACAACCAACAGUCACCAGAAAACUGUGACUGUGCCAUGGUUAUUUUUAACAAGGAAAACCUGUCACCACCCUUUUGUUGUCAUGUGUGACUCCCUCACAGUGGAACAUAUUUGUAUUCUUGCUUCUGUUCAAGUUCUUAACACAAUGAAGGCUAAUUUAACUGCAGUUUUGAAGUUUCAGAUGUAUUGACCUUUAAAGGUUUGGGUCUGAGGAGGAACUGAUAACAGCAGGCACGUGUGUGUGUGUGUGUGAGAUGUAUAGAAAGCGGUUUUUACAGGAGAAUAAAUGUCAUUGAAAAUGAA